UACUAUUUUUAUUUUCAUGAAUAGUACUUUACGUAAAACAACAAAAAUUGUUUUCUAGGCCCGCCGUGGGCCUUUGAAGUUGAGCUAAAUCCUCAGUGCAGUGCCUGCUCAAAAUGGCAGAAACUUGCGAUUGGCAAUUAAGAUGUACGGAACUCAAGCACAGAGGUUCACAACUUUUACAAUCCGGGCAAUGGUCUGACUGCUCGUUCCUGGUGGGCUCCGAGCCGCACCAGGUCGUGGUGCCGGGCCACAAGCUCAUCCUGGCCAUGGCGUCGCCGGUGUUCGAGGCCAUGUUCUACGGAGGAAUGGCUGAAAGAAACGAGCCUAUUCCUAUUUUGGACGUGCAACCUGAAGCUUUCAAAGCGUUGCUUGAAUACAUCUACACAGAUUAUAUAAACAUAAGCUCUUUUGACAAAGCCUGUGAGCUGUGCUACGGAGCCAAGAAAUACAUGUUGCCGCACCUGGUGAAAGAGUGUACCCGGUAUCUCUGGUCUGACUUGUAUCCGAAGAAUGCUUGCCGAGCUUAUGAGUUCGCACGGUUGUUCGAGGAGAGUGUGCUUAUGGACAAAUGUCUGCAGAUAAUAAGCACCAACACGAAAGAAGUGCUCACAGACAGCAGUUUUGAAGAAGUGGAGUUGAGCACCGUGAUCACAGUGUUCUCGCUGGAGCACCUGAAUAUUGACAGCGAGUUGGACUUGUUCGAGGCGGCGGCGCGGUAUGCGCGAGCACACGCGCGUCGGCAGCCGUCCCCGGGACCUGUCAGCCCUAAGCCAACUACCAGCGAGGAAAAGGUAGUCGUAGUAGAGAGCAGUGCGGAAAGCAGUCCUCUGUCGGGGUCCGGGGAGAGCUGCCCCAAGGUGGAGGCGGAGAGCUCCGCCGGCGACGCCCGCGCCCGCGCGCCCGCCGACAGCGCCGAGCCCGAGCCCGGGCCCAGCGAGCCCACUAGAGGGACUGACAACAAGCUAAGCAUCCGCCACGCCAUCGAGAAGAUCCGCUUCCUGACCCUCACACCGCAGCAGUUCGCCGAGGGCCCGGCGCGCUCCUCGCUCCUGACCGAGUCGGAGGCGUUCGCGGUCCUCAUGAACAUCCUGUCCAGCAACUCCGACGUGCCGCUGCCGCCCGGCUUCAGCUCGUGCCGCGUCCCGAGGAAGCAGCUCAUCGGCAGCGGACCCUCCCAUAACAUGCCGACGUUCACGGUGGAUACCCCUUCGCCCGUGAUGGUGGAGCAUCAGGAGCGGCCGCUGCCCGCACUGCCCUACCCGAGGCCCCGACACGAUGUUCCAGGUGUCCGACUGUCCUCCUCCAUCCACACGCUGUCAGCGCUCGGCCCUGAGCACCUGGAGCGGCACAGCAACGACUUCAACAAGAUCUACUGCCAGCGGCCCAUCAUCCAGCACACCGACUGUUUGAAUACCAGCGUGCUGGACUGCUCCGUCACCUUCAUGGUGGACAAGAACAUCUGUCUACUGGGAGUGCAGGUACCAACGCAAGCGCCGAGCGAAGAGAGCGUCGUAUCCGCGCUGGGCGGUACUGGCUACUCGGAGUUACUGUACGCGCACCUGUUGGACGCGGACGGAGCGCGUCUCACGUACACACACUACACCAACCGGGUGCCUUACCGACACCUGCUGGACAUCAUGUUUAACAGACCGGUGUACAUACAGAGGAACAAGGUAUACAAAGUGGGAAUAGUGUUCAACAAAGUGGGUUGGUACCCGAUGGGCUCGUGCGCCCAGCAGGUGGCGGCGGAGUCCGUCUUCUUCAACUUCGGGAUUGGGCAGUCGAGCGACUCCGUGCGCGACGGGCUCAUACGCUCCAUCAUAUUCACUUACUAGCAUACGCUUGACGGAUAUGUUGAUAUCACUUAGAUGUAAAUUUUUUUAGCCCUUGCCGCGUGGAAUACAAAAUAUUUGUGCUGUCUUCAAGAAAAAGGUACAUUGCCGCAUAACUAAUAUUUAUUUAUUUAAAUUUUUUUUUUUUCAUAUGCGUCUGUCAAAAAUAUCUCACUUAUUCGAUCAUAAUAGGUAAAUAGCAGUAAGUACGUGCGACCAAAGACAUAUGUAACUCCGUAUAGACGGAUAAAGUCUAAGAAAAAAACGUACCUCAAAGCCCUAGAGAAAAAGGUACGGUGGCCUAGAUGGCGU